AUGUUUCCAAAUAUUCCACCAGAAGGUAUUUCUCUUGAAGAAAUUGGAGAUUUUGACUUUGCGAAUGUUGCACAAGUAAAGAAUGUAGAAAUGAAAGUUGAUACAGUGUUGGUUGAGAAUAAGAAAUUGGCAGAUCGUGAAAAGAUUCUUGAGAUGCGUGUCAAGAAAGUUGAGUCUGAGAACAAGUCUUUGCUGAAGAAGAUUGAAGCAGAUCAGAUUGAAAUUGAUAUUUUGAAAGUGAAAGUAGCAGAGUUGGAGGAAGAGAAAGCACGUCCAGAUGAGCAGAAUAAGUACUUUGAAUUGAAGAACAAAGAACUUGAAGCUGCCAAAGCGAUGAAAGAACAUGAGUCGUACAUGAUGAAUAAAGUGCUUGAAAAUAUGCUCGGAAAGUCUAUAGAGCAGAGGUUUGAAGAGAUAGAAGUUGAAGAGUUAAGAGCGAAACGUCAAGCUGAAAUUGAUGCUGAAAUGAAGUAUAAAGGAAAGGGUGUUGAAGGUUCUGAAGUUGAAGAAAGAUCAAUAGUUAUAUCUACUGUUGCUGAGUCUCCUAUUCAGAAUCCUCAUCCGAUAUCUGUCGUGUCUGCUAUCUUUGAGGAAGAUGUAUUACUUGAAGAUGUUAUUAAUGACGAAGAAGAUGUUGAUGAGGAUGAUGACGAAGAGGAUGAUGAUGAUGAUGAGAAAGUUGAUGAUGCAGAAGAUGUAUUUUCUGCUAGCAGUCACAGUGAUGGCGAUGAUGACGAUGAUCAGGGUGGUACUGGUGUUACAGUUACAGAAGCGUCAAGUGAACAAAAUGUUGAUGAUUAUAUGCAUGAUGAUGCGAAUGAAGAUCAUGAAAGUGCUGAAAGUGAGGGGGAGCAAGUUGAUGAUCAAAACGUUGAUAAAGUUGAAAAGUUAAUCUUGCGUUUAGAGCCUGAAGUAGAAGAAGGUGAGAUCAGGCACACGUAUAAAAUGGCUGAGAUUAUUGAGCUGACAAGGAUUGAUGAUCCUGAUUUUAAGUUUGAUUUUGAAGAAGAGUUAAAUGCAUUCGAUAUCAAUCAGCAACCCGAAUAUGAGUACAAGUAUGUUGAUGAAGCAGAUAACUAUGACAGAGUUGAAGUUGAGGAUUGCAGUGAUGAAGAGGGUGUAUCUGAAGACACGUCUAAUUUUCCAACUCUUGUUGAGUUUUUCAGUGAAGAGAACAGAGAUGAACUGAGGAGAAAAGUUGCUGAAAUUUUGAAAGAUAAAUACUUUGACGGUACUACGAAAGAUCCAGAAAAGGAAGAGAGAAAGAAGUGGUUCCGUAAAGACUCUGAAAGAAAGUUGAAGCGUCCUUUGAAGUUCUACAAGAGAGAUAGAGAUGUUUCGCUUGGUGAUAUCAUUAGCUGGGGAUUUCUACCUCAAGUUAAUGCAUAUGCUAUUCGUAGAGAAUACGAUGUGCAAUACUUUGAACGUCUUUAUGAUAUUAUGUCCCUACCCUGGUGGGACGUGGAAGAGUUGUCAAAUACAUUGGGCUAUCCAAUCAGAAAGAACAUUGUGCCUAUGUGGGGUUUGAUAAAGUAUGAAUCGUUGAAAAACUUCAAGCACUGGAAGCCUCAUUACCCGAAGAAAGUUCAAAGGGUAGAUCCAGAAACUGGAGUUGAAGAAACAAUUUUACAUGUGAAGAAGCCGAGAGUGAUCAAGAAUAUUCCUGUGCCGAAAAUGGAACAAGAGUUUUAUAAAGGUUUUGUAUGUUGGGUUUACAGCUGUAUAUCGACUGAAGCUGUGAUUACUUACAGGGCAGAGAAUGAGAUUAGAGAAAUCUUUGUAUAUGAUCCUCUGUGGCUGGUGAACUGCUCUGCUAAAGACAUCGAAUGUUUGUUUGUAAACAAAAUCUGGUUCAAAGCUGAAGACAGAGAACAAGCGAUGCAAUUUCAGAGAGUUGUGUCGAUUUGCUUUCAGAAAGGUAUCAAUGCUGAAAGUAAAUGGAACUCAAAGUGGCGAAAGAUUGAAGAAGAAGAGAAGUUAAAGAGAGAGAAAGAACGGAAAGAACGUGAAGACAAAGACAAUAUGCUGAAGCAUACACUAAAUCAAAGGAUGGCUGCUGAGGAGAAGAAGAGAGUUGAUGAGAAUGAGAAGCUUAGGAAGCUGUUGCAGAAAAAGCCUAAGCCGAGGGAAGAAAGUUUCAAGUCACUGUGA